AUGGAACUAGUUGUCAUCGUAGUACAUGCUUUAUUUAUUUUAUUCUGUACUUGUCAUCAAGAUGAUUUCGAAAUCAACACCAUAAACAAAAAACCCAAAUGUAGUUUCCGCAUAAAAAAAUUAACAGUUGACUGCACAGGACAAAAUCUGACAAGAAUUCCGAACUUCAGAAAAUCUACAAAAACGCUUAUUCUAGCGAAUAAUCAAAUACAGGAUAUUCCAAAUGGAACCUUCUCAUCACAUGGAGCUCUAGAAGUUUUAGAUUUAUCGCAUAAUAGUCUUACAAAUUUGAGAUCUGGUUCAUUUAAAGGACUGUCAAACUUACUGCGCUUAAAUUUAAACAGCAACAAGCUCGGAAAAAAUAAUGUGACAUUACCAAAAAUAUGUUUUAUAUAUCUUCCAAAAUUACGACAUCUAUCCUUGAAAGGGAAUUCUUUUACAAUAUUUCCUGAUAUAUCUUCAAUUCGAUCACUGCAGAUUUUGAAUGCUACCUUCAUCAACGGAAUGACCUUCUUCCAGCAAUCUUCAUCACUUGAAAACCUAGCUUACUUAGACUUAUCUGGUCCUUCCUCGUGUAAGCCAAAAUCAUUGAACAAGCAUACAUUUAGUGCUCUUUCGAGAUUGCUUUAUUUAGAUGUGUCCAACAUUGACUUGGGUAGUAUCAUGAAAGGGACAUUUUCCCAAAUGAAAUAUUUGCAGUAUUUGGACAUAUCUUAUAACACAAGACUGGGAUUUGUGGGUGUUGAAAAUGUUACACACGAUUUACCGAAUACAUCCAUACGAGUUUUCAAAUUUCAGAAGAUAGUUCCAACAUUUUCCAUGAAUCAGAUGCUAAUGAUAGAUCAGAUGAAGCCUCUUAAUGAAACCAAAAUAAGAGAGAUUUAUGCUGAUAGUAACCGAAUUCAGCUGGUUGAAAUAGGAGCAAUCAGCUAUUUACCAAACACUAUAGAGAAAAUUUCCAUUGGUGAAAACUGGCUAUCUUAUGGAUCGUACAUUUUUGAAUUACAAAAACUCUCUACAAAGGUAAUAAAUGCUUCAUUUCUUGCCUGGUCACAUGAUCCUCGAGAGGAAGACACUGGUUGGUGUGUAUCUGGAGAAAAUUCAUUGGAAAUUGAUACAAACUUUAAGAAAUGUGUCUCAUCAGAUCACGGAACUCCAGUCUCAGGAGUUACGAAGCACAUAUCCCCUUUGAAGCUAGAUUACUUCAAAACCAUUAAUCUCCCCAGAAAUCUAAAAGAAUUAUAUUACACCAGUUGUAAAUUACAAUUUGAGAUUCCAAAACUUAAUUUCAGUAAGAAUGUACUGGAAAAGGUAGAUUUUUCUUCUAACAUAUUUUAUUCAUUGAAAGGUCCCUUGGUCAAUCUAAAACACUUAAGUUACCUUGAUUUAUCAAACAAUUUUUGUUCGAAUAUUUCUACAGUAUUUUUCUCAGGGUCUCCAAAUAUUAAGACACUAAAGCUUCAAAAUAAUCUAUUAGGAUUUAUUUUGCCAAAAGACAAAGGAGGUAAAAUAUUUAAUCAUUUAGUACAUUUAGAAACCAUUGAUUUAUCUGAAAACAAAAUUACGGCCAUGCCCCGAUUACUUUUUACAUCGCAGGUCAAUAUACGGAAUAUUCAUUUAGCAAGUAAUUUGAUUGAAAGAUUACACUUCCAAAUUGAGCAUAUGGUAAAUAUCUCUUUUAUAGACCUUUCAAGCAAUGCUAUAAUGUUUCUCAAACCUGAGGAAACAGUCGAACUUGACAAAGCGGCAGAGAAAAGCGGAAAUCUUACAUUAGAUCUUAGUGGGAAUCCAAUCCAAUGCACAUGCAACAAUAUAAAUUUUAUCAAAUGGAUAGCGUCAACUAAGAUUCGUCUGAAAAACUUAAAAUCGUAUUCCUGUCUGCUCAAUAACCAAACAAAAACUACACUCAAACACCGAAACGCGCUUUUAAAAAUGCUCGAAAAGGAAUGUUCCACAUAUCUGGGUUUGAUAUUGGCUACUGUGUCUUUAGUUGUUCUGUUUAUCAUCGUUGUAAUAAGUGGACUUAUAUACAGAUAUCGGUGGAAGCUAAGAUACCUGUAUUUCAUGACAAAAUUUAAAUUCAACAGAAGGCCAAAUUUACUAGAUCUUUCAUACGACUAUGACGCCUUUGUUUCCUAUGCCGAAGAAGAUCAGCAUUUUGUACAUGAAUCAUUUCUAACCAACAUUGAAGAAGGAGCAGAACUUCGAGUGUGCCUUCAUAAGCGUGAUUUUCUUGUUGGAAAUGAAAUUGCUGCCAACAUUACAGAUGCAAUACACAGAAGUCGCAAGACAAUUUGCAUAAUCACUAAUCAUUUUUUAAAUUCAUAUUGGUGCAUGUUUGAAUUCAACAUGGCUCGGAUGGAGAGUAUUUACUCUCGAGACGGAGAGAACAUUGUAUAUUUAAUUUUCCUGGAACAAAUUCCCUCAAAGGCUCUACCUCUGGUUUUAUUGGAACUCGUACAGUCACAAUCGUACGUAGAAUUUCCGAAUGAUGAAUAUGGCGACCCUCUCUUCUGGGAGAAUUUGAAGAAAGUAAUGUCUGAUUAACUACUAAAUGGAACUUCAAAGAGGAAUAAUCAACAAAACUAAUAACAAUUAAUUU